AUGUUCAAAUUCCUUAUCAUUAAUCCCAACUCAUCGAAGGGUGUUACAGAUAACUUGGAGACUAUCCUCCCCAAGGUCCCCGGGACUGAGUUGAUAUUCUAUACGGCACCAGCAGGUGCUCCGAAGGAAAUCACAGGAGUCGAGACUUCAAUCGAAUCAGAGAAAUAUGUUUUAGAAGAUAUUAAGGCAAAGAAGUUGGCCGAUGAGGUUGAUGGGUUUUUGGUUUGUUGCUAUAGCGAUCAUCCAUUAAUAUAUUCACUUUCAAAGUUGACACCAGAUAAGCCUGUGCUUGGGAUUAUGCAGGCAACACUUUUAUACAGCUUACUGAAUCCAACGUUCAAACUGUUCAUCCUUACUAGUACUUCUGAAUGGGAGCCAUUACUUGAUGAUGGAAUUCAGAAUUUUUUGGGUACUUCAGAAUUCCCUCACACUAAGUUCUUUCCAACAUUAGGCUUGAAUAUAAGCGUUCUUGAUUUGGCACUGCUGACAGAUACAAUUGUUCCCGUCGUAAAGGAGAUUUUAAGUAGACUGGACUAUGCUGGAUGCAACUGUAUCCUUUUGGGUUGUGCCGGCCUUAGCGGAGCUGAUAAAGUGAUUGAAAGAGAAACCGGAGUUAAAUGUGUUGAUUCCGUUAGAAUAGGUGUAGAAUUUCUUAAUGCCUUGGCAAGAAACAAUACUUAUUGA